AUGGCGGAAUUAUUAGAAGAAGAUGUAAUUACGGGACCUUCCGAAUUAGAUAGAACAUUUGUUUUUGAAGAUGAAGGACAUACACUUGGUUCUCUAUUAACGUAUGUUUUAGAAAGUUUUCCUGAAACAGAUUUUUGUGCUUAUUCCAUAAGGCAUCCGUCAGAAAAUAAAAUUUAUUUACGGUUAAAAGUAAAAAAUGGUCACUCCGUAGAAGAUAUUUUCAAACGCGGUUUUCAAGAGCUCAAUCAAAUCUUAAAUCACGUUAAAAAAACAUUUAAUAAAGCAAUUUCAGCUUAUGAAGAAACUAAAGCAACUGAAUAA